CCGGUCCUCCGCUGCCUGCACGAGACAUGCCGCACGAGGCCGCGCGUCACCUCCUCACCUGCAACAGGGAUCCGGAUCGACGCGUCCUGAUGGAGCUCAGAGCGACUCCGUGUGAGCUGGACCUCCCUGACGGUUCUGGUCCCCGGGUCGUCCGUCGGAUCUCCACCAACAGCCGGGAACGUUGGCGUCAGCAGAACGUUAACGGGGCGUUCAGCGAGCUGCGGCGUCUCAUCCCCACUCACCCCCCCGACAGGAAGCUCAGCAAGAACGAGAUCCUGCGCCACGCCCUCAGGUACAUCAGCUUCCUGGACCGGGUGCUCACAGACCAGGACCUCAGAGGGGCCCCCCGGGGCCGAGCGGGGAGCCUGGAGCGGGAGGACGGGCCGCAGGGGACGCUGUCUCCAAACUCCAGCUGUGACAGUUCAGUGGAGGGGGACUGGGACAGCCUGACGGGGGACCAGGACUACAGAGGUCCCGUGCAGAACCUGGACCAGGCGAGCUGGCAACCAGCUGAUCAGACAGGCUGGAUCCAGCAGAGACCAGCAGGGCGAGACCAGUCCGGCUGAUCCAGCAGAGACCAGCGGGAGGAGUCCAGUCCGGCUGAUCCAGCAGAGACCAGCAGGGCGAGUUCAGUCCGGCUGAUCCAGCAGAGACCAGCAGGGCGAGUCCAGUCCGGCUGGCCUGAUGUAAAACAUGUUGUUGUUCUGGACCGAGUUGAUGUGAUAUUCACAUCUUCAGUGUUUCACCGUCUGGUUGAGUUUUCUUGAUGCAGAGUGAGCUGAAAUGUUCUGCCGGCAGAGAAGAAGAAGUCGUGCUGGACAGGAAGUUCUGCGUCUCAGCAGAAGAGUCAGUGACCACGUUUAGUUUCUUUAAGUUAAAGAACUUUGGUGUUUCUGCAGUUUGAACUUCGUCCUGAUGUUUGUUGUCUGCAGAUUAUUUGGAUCUGAGAUGUUUCUGUGAGAAUACAGAUCAAUAAAAAGUUUGCUGCAGUG